AUGGAGACCUCGCCGUUGAUCAAGGUGAACCCCGCUUCAGCGUCGCCGAACACGCAGGCUCGCCCUGAACUUGCGACUGACAGAGAAUUGCAGGCCCACGACCACGCAAGAGCCGCUUCCACGGCGACACAAACGUCAGAUACUACGGUGGCUAUCAAUGAGCAUGCCUUGGCCGCCGGCGAGUUCUCAAAUGCUGCCAACUCGACCACUAGCAUUGAGGCUCUGAGAACAUUAAGACUCCUGGAACAGCACCACCAACGGCUGUCCGAACUACUAAAGUAUCCUUCACAACAUCCGGUCCAGCCGGGUACAGACAAUGAGCCCGGUCAGUCUAGUGAAAAGGAGACAUCUGGCCAGGAUGCUCGAGAUGAAGGCUCAACUGCUCCGAGCGAGAACACAACCGCUGCGCCUGUUAGAGCACCCGGCCAGCUCAGCCCUGUUCAGCAGCGGCGGUACCAAGCAAGAGACCUUUCCUCAUCUAUAGCUAGCAAUCUAGCCUCGGCUCGGGGUAUACGAUCAAAAUAUCGAGGUCCGCAGCCUCUGGCCCCGAGUAUCUCGAAUGAGCAGGCACCCGGCAACCUUGAACGCCAUAUGCGAAGGGAAGGGUCGCGCUCGCAAAUGCAGAGUAUGCUUCAUCAGAAGGGAAAGCCAUCUUGGAUUCCACCUUCCCACACAUCACCGACUUUGACCGAACCGAAGGCUGCCGAGCUCGUUUCCCCAAAGGAGGAACCUGCUGCAGGCGAAUCAAGCGAGGAGGGCUUCUCCAGGUUCUACAACACGUUUGGCAGUAUUUUCAACCGGCUUUCAGCUCCUCUCGCCUUUGCAGGUUUGCCGCUGAUUACGGAAGAGUCGGCUACCGAGGUGGCUGCAGCACCAGAGACCUCGCCCAAGAAGAGGACCCGACCGAAAUCUGCGACCAUCACGUUGAACCAAGAGCCAGACCUAUCUCAGAUCUACUCAAAAGCUGCUCUUCGGGCACUCUCACGCGACGGUCACGGGCCAAAUGAUUCUUUCUACGUGGUCCCGAAAACCGGCCACACAGCGUCGUAUGCGAACAUUCUUUCUUUUGAUCAAAAGGAGAAGCGUAGGAUGGCCGCAUCUAUCCAUGCGGAUGACGGCGACGCUCUUGAGGGCAUUGACGAGGAUGACUUUGUCGACGCGCGCGAGACCCAAGGUUCAUUGUCGCCAGGGGUCAAGAAGCGCCUAGGCAGGACUCAGUUGGAGAAUGUGGUCGAGGAACUCUACACUGAAAAUGCCAGCCUGAAGGACAUGCUCGACAAGUUGAGCAAGCGCUUGCAUGCAUUCGAAGCCAACGCCCAGAACUCCCACCUGGCUCUGCAGGAGAGCAUGCGCCUCAUUCGUCCUAACUCUCCGACUUCGGCUGGCGGAGGACCUAAAGCACAGGGUGCAGAUGAGACGCUGCGCAGGAGGAAUGCUGAAUUAGAAGAACAGCUGGCCAAGCAGGCGAAGCAGAUGGAGGUGCUGGAAAAGGAGUAUGGCAGGAUGGAGCGGACCUUGGUCAAGUAUCGGGACAAAUGGGACAAGCUCAAGGCGGGUGCCAAGGCCCGGAGGGAAGCUCAGGGCUCGGCAGACAAUGCCGAAUCCUCCAAACCCGCUACUUGA